GCCCUCUUGUUGCCUGGAGUUUCAUUUACUUGCUCUUCUUCUGGAAUUAGACACUAGCAAGAGCUCUCUCCUCCCUGACUCCCUACACAGCCUUGCUUGUCUAGAGAGUAGCUCUUGGCCCAGACCUGGCAGUGGAGAGCCAUGGACCAGUACAGCCUUGAGGACGAGGGCACCCUUCCAUCAGAGAUGCACCUCCCUUCGUUUUCCGAGAGCCAGGGGCUCAACUGCAGCGACACCCUCAACCGGGAUCUGGGUCCCAGCACACGAGGCCUGCUCUACACCAGCCUGAGUGGCUUGGACUUGGACCCCAGCCUCCCAACACCCGACGUGCCCAGUGAGGCACUGGAGGACAACUUGGACACCCUGUCCCUGUACUCGGGGAAGGACAGUGACUCCAUGAAGCUGCUGGAGGAGUACACAGAUCCGGAAUCUCAGACCUCCGUUCAAGACCUGGGGCUUGGGACGCUCAAGGUGCUGAAAGAGGCUGACGAAGGUGGCAGAGCCGGCAGUGGGAGCACGAGGAAAGGCAGGCGGCAGCACGGCUCCCCUCAGAACCCGCUUCUGGACUGCAGCCUCUGUGGCAAGGUGUUCAGCAGCGCCAGUUCUCUGAGCAAGCACUACCUGACGCACAGCCAGGAGAGGAAACACGUCUGCAAAAUCUGCAGCAAGGCCUUUAAGAGGCAGGACCACCUGACCGGACACAUGCUCACCCACCAGAAGACCAAGCCCUUCGUGUGCAUCGAGCAGGGCUGCAGCAAGAGCUACUGUGACUACCGCUCCCUGCGCCGGCACUACGAGGUGCAGCACGGCCUGUGCAUCCUGAAGGAGGCCCCCCCAGAGGAGGAGGCCUGCGGGGACUCACCCCACACCCACGAGGCGGCUGGCCAGCCCACACCCGGGGGCCUGCGGACCCUGGUGCCCCCAGAAGCCAGGUCCCCCGGCUCCCUUUUGCCCAGCCGAGACCUCCUGCGCUGCAUCGUGAACAGCAUCGUCCACCAGAAGCUCCCUUCUCCCGGGCCGGCCCCAGACAUUGGCGAGGGGAGAAGCACUGCCUGUUCCUGCCCACCCUCAUCCAGGUCCUCCUCCUGCGCCCCGGCGGGCACCCUGGCAGCCCCAGGAGCCCCGGGCCCUGAGGUUCCUGAGGAGCCUCAGCCCCCACGUAAGGAGCCCGCUGCUGAUGUGUUCACGGCCGUCCAAUCAAGGGCAGCAGAGAACAACGGCCCUGAUCCGCUGCUCCAGCUCCCAUCCUCCCUGGAGGGCUGGCCUGAGGGCGGUCCCCUGCCCGCCUGCCUGCCUCUGUUCCGAGGCCAGACAGUCCCUGCUGGUUCCCAGACUUCAAGCCACAAUUUCCAGUGGCUUCGGAACCUGCCAGGCUGCCCUAAGAACAAAGGGAACAACAUGUUUCCUGUCCACAAGCCUCCUGCAGUGCCGUCUCGGGAGGGCUCUGAGCCAGGCCCUGGGCUCAGCAGUGCCUCGCCCAUGGGGGAGUCCUCACCCAGCUUGGGCACUGGUCUGGAGGACGCACUGCCCUUCCCUCCUGCAUUCCUGAAGGCGCCUGGGGAGGCCUCAGGCGACCCCAGAUAUGCCAGCGGGGAACAUGAGUCCUGGGCUUCCAAGAAGAGCAAGUUUGACUGCGAUUCCUUCUCGCGGCAGAACCCUGGGGAGUCAGGCCUGCAGGACAUCCAGAAGCCGAGUGGCCUCUCAUCGGAUGCCACGCCGCUCUUCCGGCAGCUCUUCCUGAAGUCGCAGGAGUCUCUGGUGAGCCACGAGCAGAUGCAAGUGUUCCAGAUGAUCACCAAGUCCCAGCGGAUCUUCUCCCACGCCCAGGUGGCAGCCGCCACCUCCCAGCUCCCCAUGCCUGACGGCAAGCAGGCUGCCCUGAAGUCGCUGCAGGGGACAUGGCCGCAGCAGCCCCUACCUCUAACACCCACUGUUGACUCUCUCCAUGCUGGCCCCGUGAGCCCGGAGCCAGAGGGCUCCCCAGCCCGCAGGAGAAAAUCCACAUCCACUUUCCCCAGAGAGGCCUCCCCCAGCAGCAGGAGCCGGGACUCAAAGGGAGGGCCAAAAGUGGCUGCUACUUCGCCAGCCAUCACAACAUCAUCCCUGGACCCUCCCGGGAAUCCAGACAUCUCUCUGGCCAAGCAGUUGAGAUCUGCGAAAGGGACCUUGGACCUGGGGGACAUUUUUUCCCCUGGGGGCCCUCGGCAGACCCAAUUAGGAGGGGAUGAGCCACCUGGAGCCCAGCUCCCUGGGAAGCAGGCCCAGGCUGAGAAUGGCACGGCUUCUGGGGCCACAAAAGGUGAAAAGGGCUCAGCCUGUUCCCGGGGCAGAGGCUACAGGCUCUUCUCCAGCAACUCUAGGGCGCAGCGCUUCUCAGGCUUCCGGAAGGAGAAGGUGAAGAUGGAUAUGUGCUGCACAGCUUCUCCGAGCCAGGUAGCCAUGGCCUCCUUCUCGUCAGCCGGGCCUCCAGCGGAUCCCCCGCAGGACUCCAAGUCCAAGCUGACAAUAUUCAACAGGAUCCAGGGCGGAAACAUCUACCGGCUCCCCUAUCCGAUGAAGGAGGAGAACAUGGCAGGUGGAUGCAACCAGCACAGUGGUGGCCCUGCAGACUGGGCAGAGCCAAGGGGCACUUACAUCUGCAAGAAUUGCAGCCAGAUGUUUUAUACAGAGAAAGGGCUGAGCAGCCACAUGUGUUUUCACAGUGACCAGUGGCCGUCACCUCGAGGGAAGCAGGAGCAGCAGGUGUUUGGCACGGAGUUUUGCAAGCCGCCAAGACAGGUGCUGAGGCCAGAGGGGGAAGAGCAUAGUCCGCUGGGAGCCAGGAAGUCCUCGGACAACAUGACUGCAACCCCUCUGGUGGUCCCUGUGUCAGGGCCUGUGGCACCAAUGAACCGCCCCCCAGGGAACAUGGCCAAGGGACAAGAGAAGGACAGGGAAGAGAGAGACAGCAAGGAGAGCAGCCAACACAGAAAGCGGAAGAAGCGCCCCCAGCCCAAGGCCUUGUUCGUCCCUCCUCCAUCCUCCACGUGUGGGGAGCCUGGCCCUGGAGGAUGCCACCAGAGCUGCCUGCGCUCUCCCGUGUUCCUAGUGGACCGCCUCCUGAAGGGACUGUUCCAGUGCUCUCCCUACACGCCACCCCCAAUGCUCAGCCCCAUCCGGGAGGGGUCUGGUCUGUAUUUCAACACCCUCUGUUCCACGUCCGCUCAGGCCGGUCCCGACAGGCUCAUCAGCACCAUGCUUGAUCAAGUGGAAGGCUCUUUUGGCAUCUGUGUGGUGAAGGACGACACCAAGAUCAGCAUUGAACCACACAUCAACAUAGGAAGCCGGUUUCAGGCUGAGAUCCCAGAGCUCCAGGACAGAUCGCUGGCUGGAAUCGAUGAGCACAUAGCUUCUCUGGUCUGGAAGCCAUGGGGAGAUGUGAUGACCAAUCCCGAAACGCAGGACAGAGUGACUGAGCUCUGCAAUGUGGCCUGCUCCAGCGUGAUGCCGGGCGGGGGCACCAACCUGGAGCUCGCUCUGCACUGCCUGCAUGAAGCCCAGGGCAACAUUCAGGUCGCCCUGGAGACUCUCUUACUCCAAGGACCCCAAAAGCUGCGGACUCACCCUCUCGCCGACUACCGCUACACAGGUUCGGACAUCUGGACCCCCGUGGAGAAGAGGCUCUUUAAGAAGGCGUUCUGUGCCCACAAGAAGGACUUUUACUUGAUACACAAGACGAUCCAGACAAAAACAGUAGCCCAGUGUGUUGAGUAUUAUUACAUCUGGAAAAAAAUGAUCAAGUUUGACUGCGGCCGAGCCCCAGGGCUGGAAAAGAGGGUCAGGAGAGAGCCAGAUGAAGCAGACAGGACAGAAACGAAGGUCACUUGCAGCCCAAGGGAUAGACCCAGCCACCGUCCAACCCCCGAACUAAAAAUAAAGACUAAGAGUUACAGGAGGGAGUCCAUCCUCAACUCCAGCCCAAACCCCGGCCCCAAGAGGACCCCCGAGCCACCGGGGAGCGUGGAGGGCCAGGGCAUUUUUCCCUGCAGAGAGUGUGAGAGGGUGUUCGACAAGAUCAAGAGUCGAAAUGCCCACAUGAAACGGCACCGGCUUCAGGACCACGUGGAGCCCAUCGUCAGGGUGAAGUGGCCUGUGAAGCCAUUCCAGCUGAAGGAGGAGGAGGAAGAGGAGAUGGGGGCUGACAUGGGCCCCCUGCAGUGGUGAUUCUAGGCAGAUGGCAAGUUGGGGCAAGGCAGCAAGUAGGGGACCUCCAGCCCUGUCAUGUCUCCCUUGGCCUCUCCAGGGUACCCCUCUGCCUCCCCGACCCUCACUGUCCCCACCAGCCAGCCCAGCUUGCAGACACGGCAGCAUUUGGCCAUAAGCAGGCAGGAGAAGCACCCAGUCACCCAGGCGCCGUGAAGUCCCUGACAGCUGGUAACAGAGGCUCCACUCUCUUUAAGUCACUCAUCUCACCCCUCUUUGCAGUUCCACUCCUCUUAGAGCAGAGAGGCUGGGAGGGAACAGGUUACAUCAGGGUAGCUCUUAAAUGUCAGCCUCAGUUUGGGGUUUGUUACACUUGUUAGACAAGGCCAAGAGGUAGAGAAUCAGCGGGAAGUACCUUCAGAUCUGCACCACGCUGGGGCCCCUCACCUGGGUCUCUCUGCAUUCCAGAUUUAGUCCCUAGUCUUGCUGUGACUUGUACAUUGUUAGGGUUUUUUUUGUACGU